UCGCCACAUUCCAAAGCCACCUGUCCGACGAUGCCGCGAGCUGGCGCCUCGAUGUCAUUCUUGUAUCACGGGCGGUAUCCGUGAGCAAUACAGACCGCGAGAGCCGCGAGUGAACGUCAACGGCGGUGGCAGCAGCCUCAAGCAGCAUAGCGAUUCUCGGGGCGCGGUGUUUCUCAGUGAACACACAGACAUAGUCGAGCGCGGAGCGUGACUCGCUCACCCGCCCAGCGUCGUCGUGUAGUCUUCGUUGCCGUUGUUCUACAUCGUCAUCGUUGCAACAGUUGUCGCGUGUGUGGUGGCAGCCAAACAGUAUAAGAUAUACAUAUAUACACAUACAGUGGUUUCUCUUUCUCUCUCUGACUCGCAGCGUCGUAGGUAUAUAGUCGCGGAUAGACAUGUUUGUGGCGUGUGCUUGAGUGUGCUGCGCGUGUGAGGCAAGCACCCAAGCUGCAACAGCGAUAAUUGUCGAGGCAGAGUCGAGAGAAAAGAGAGACGGAGAAUCGACGUUACAUACGUUGCAGAAAGAAAGAGAAAGAGCAUACGAGUAUUGGUCGUCGCCGUGGUGAGUGCGUAGCCACUGGAGGCUACAUGUAUAUGUGAAAGUGCGCGAGUGAAGGCGGCAAAGCUAUUGGCAAGCUGAGUCUGGCGACGACCGACGACAUUCCGAGCUGCAGCGACGAUAGCCGGCCCCAAGCAACCAUGAGCUGGGGAACCGAGCUUUGGGACCAGUUUGAGAACCUGUCGGUACACACACAAAAGGGGAUAGAGUUCCUGGAGAGGUACGGCCACUUCAUUCGCGACCGAUGCACCAUCGAGGAAGAAUACGCGACCAAGCUCAGGAGCUUGGUGAAGCGUUACCAGCCGAAGAAGAAGGAGGAGGAGGAUCACCAGUACAGCCCGUGCCGAGCGUUCAAGAAGGAGCUGAACGAGGUGAACGACCAGGCGGGCCAGCGCGAGGUGAUCGCCGAGAACCUGCAAGCCACCGUGCUGCGAGAGCUCGGCGUCCUCGUCAAGGACUUCAAGGAGGACCGCAAGAAGUAUCUGCAGGAGGGCGCGCGCCUGCGCACCAGCCUCGCCACCCAGAUCGGCAACCUCGAGCGCGCGCGCAAGGCCUACGAGAAGGCGUUCCGCGAGGCGGAGCGCGCCACCGAGAACUACCAGAAGGCCGACGCCGACCUCGAUCUCUCGCGCGCUGAGGUGGAAAAACAAAGAAUGAACAUGGCGCAGAAGACGCAGCACUGCGAGGAGGCCAAGUCGGAGUACGCCAAGCAGCUGCAGACGACCAACGACAUGCAGAACCUUCACUACCACACGGCCAUGCCAGAAGUGUUCCAGCAAUUGCAGGAACUGGACGAGAAGCGGAUCAAGAACAUGAAGAACUACAUGCUGAAGUCGGUGGAGAUCGAGCGCGCGGUCGCGCCGAUCAUCGCCCAGUGCCUCGACGGCGUGGAGAAGGCCGCCAGCGAGAUCAACGAGAAGGAGGACACGCUGCUCGUCAUCGAGCGCUACAAGAGUGGCUUCCAGCCGCCCGGCGACUUCCCGUUCGAGGACCUGUCCGUCGCCAAGCAGAUGCUCGACGGCAGCAACAGCAAGCUGCCGCAGCCGACCAUGCAACCCAUUCACAAUCACCUCACGGUCAAGGGCACCGUCUCCGGCGGCAAGAUCAAGAAGCGCGUCGGCAUUUUUGGUAUUUUCAGUAGUAACAAGAAGUUGAUCGAGGUGUGCAUAGCUUUAAAGAACAACGUACCUGGUUACGGUGACGGCGCGAAGGAGGACUACAGUGAUCUGCCACCAAAUCAGCGCAAAAAGCGACUGCAGCAAAAGAUCGACGAGAUCCAAGCGAAAAUCCAGCAAGAGACGGCGGCGCGAGACGGACUCAUGAAGAUGAAAGGCGUCUACGAGCAGAAUCCGGCUCUCGGCGAUCCAAUGACCAUAGAAAGCCAAUUGAACCAGUCAAGUCACAAGCUCGACAAACUCGGCGCGGAAUUGAUCAAGUUCCAAGGCUAUUUGGACGAGGCGAUCAAGACGGGUGUUAGUCUAUCAAGUCCAAGUCAAUUACAACGAAAACCGACGACGAACGGAUCGGCAACAAGGCCACUGAGUUCGAGAAGAUCGAGUCAUUCCGGCGGCGAGGAAAGUCUUUCAAGAUCUGCCUCGGAUUCUAGCGUGAGCAAUACCAAUGCAAAUCAGAUGAAUAACGAGAAAAAGAGCGCUCCUGGCACGCCGCAACCGUCUCACGGUUCCACGAAUAGCCCGGAGUCUGGUCUCGGAACCUCAAGGACGUCGUUACCAGGCAGCGCCGGCGACGAUUAUUUCAUCGACGAAGUUGACGCUCAACCGCCGCUCGGGACCUGCAGAGCAUUGUACCCGUUCGAUUCUACCAGUGAAGGCUCGAUACCGAUGGACGACGGCGAAGAGCUUUAUAUGAUAGAAUUAGAUCAGGGUGACGGAUGGACCAGAGUGCGGCGAAUUUCAGGGACAGUUGAAGGUUUUGUACCUACAUCGUACAUAGAGUGUCACCUUUACAACACAUAGCCCGAAAAGUAAGCUCGUUUGCAAAAUAUACGACGAAGUGAACUAGAAGUCUAUAAGAGAUAUGAUGAUCGUUGGAGAUUAUAUUGUUAAUUAUGUUUCGACAAACGAACCUCGGAUAGGCUAUUUCUAGCGAGAAAGAUAUAUCAAACAGCAACGAGAGCUUUAAUCAAUUUAAUAGGAAAGUUUGACGAGUUUUAAUGGAUAAGAAGUUUAUGCAGAUGAAAUGAUGGGUUCACUAUGCGAGUAUGCAUAGCAAGUGACAAAGUUAAGAACAAAUGCAUCCAUUUUUUGUGAUUUCGUUAAUUUUAAUGUUGAUCAUGUACUGUGCAAUUGUCCUUUUCGAGUAGUUGUAAGAAAAACAAUGCUAAUGCAGCCAUAGAAUGGUCUCUUGACAGACGAACACCAUAAUAUCAUCGUAUAGCAGUGUGUUCUAUUUUUUUGCAAUAUUUUACGCGUAAUUAAUAAUUCUAAUGUCGAAAGUAAUAUUAAUACUUCUGUAUAAUUGCUUCGAGAAUGGGUGAUAUAGUAAAGAAACAUUUUAUCAAAUGUAUAUCAAUCAAACGUGUCGGAAGAUUGAAGCAUUAUUCAGAAACGGCUAAGCAUUAGGUACGACUUGUUAUAAUAACAAAGCGAUCUUACAUCACAUGAAAAAAAGCAAAAAAGAACUUGCUGUGUAAAUAGAAUACUUUCGAUACGAUAAAGUUUGGGCCUAAUCGCUCAAAUGUUACUUAGAACAACAUCGUCCGAUUUUCAGUUUGAAAACGUGAAUUAAAAUAGUGUAAAUACAUUAUGUCAGCAUACACCAUAACUAAAAUAAAAAUGUAAGCAUGAGAUGUCAGAUAUCGGAAUGUAACGCUAAUUACGAGUUCUUUAAGCCUGCGUGCAACACUUUUUUUACUUUGUUAAUUUUUUGUUUUAUUUCUGUUUUAUUAUAAUUGUGACACAAUUUUCUUAGAACAUAGCACAAUGCUAGUCAAAGCAGAUAAGUGUCGAGUUUUUUUAUUCAUAGAUUUAUUUUUUUUUUAUAUGAGAAUAAAAACAUUAAAAACGGUAAUUGAUCCUAACAUAACAAUAAAGUUAUGCAGGGCAAAAUUGAAUCAUGAAUGAAGUAAACAUUUUUUAUUUGUGAAAAAUUAUAAUUAACGAAUAGUAUUUUUUUAUUUUUUUGUAAAAAAAGUUUUAAUAUUUGUUUUGUGUAUUUUAUUGUCAUUGACCAUAAAUCAAAAAUUUACAAAGAUGUAAUAUAUAAUUUUAUGUACUGUAGGUUCGAAUUACCAAUACGUCUUAUUACAACGAUUGAGAAGAUUAUUGUACACUUUGUCUAAACAAGGAAUUUUCUUGUCUUAAUUGAAUUUGUUCGUAAAAGAUUCUUUCAAUCGCAGUUUUUAUAAGCAUAUUUUUCGUAAAAAAAACUCGUAAUUGCGUGGGGAGUGGAUAUCAAACGUAUUGAUUCAAGACAAGAUAACUAAAUCACAUACAUGUGGAACUUGCGUAUAUUUAAUGUAUAUGUACAUGUAAAUAUAUGUUAUGUUCGAUCGUUGAAUAUAGCUCUUAGCAAGCAAAACAGUUUCAUUAAAAGUUAAUAGUAAACAAACAAACAAAGUUUAUAUAAAUCAAUGAUUUUUUCUAAAAACAUAUUCUACUCGUUUAAAUAAUUUACCAUAUAUUAAUCAACGUUGUUUUAUAUAUAUGUAAACUUAAGAGCUCCGUAUUUUUCAACUUUAGAUUAGGUAAAAAUGUAUUGAUAUAUUUUAAGUCUUGUAAUUUAUUAUCAAUCGAAGGUGUACGCGAUAGCCGGAUUGAGCAGUGAUCACUGCAAGUUGCAACAAGUUGUAAACAAAUAAACUGUAAGAUGACUCGAAAAACGUAAGAUUAAUGUAAGUUAACGUAUAAGAUAAUCCAUUGAUUUUUAAAAAAUGACUUUUGUUUUGUAUAUUUUGUGAUUUUUUUUACUAGCGAUGGCGGAAAAUUUUGUAGAUAGCUAUCUCAACAAUUUAUUAUUUUAAUUAUAAUGAAUUAUUAUUAAUCAAUUUAUAAUUAAUGAAACAAUAUAAAUCUAAAGCCAAUAUAACUCAUCUAUAUACCGCAAUCGAGCAAAUGUAAAAGCCGCGUGACUAUUAUUGCCCUUCCUUGACUAUUUAUCUGUAAGCUUACAUUAGGAUAAAUUCUGAAACUUUGGAAAAUGACGAAAUUACUUAAUGCUUUAAUAUAACAGUCUGAAAUCAUGCCAAUAUUUUGUAUUUUCUCUAUUCUACAUACAUUUGCUAGACAUAUUUUCGUCAUUUACAAAAUUUAAUGAAUUGAUAAAGUCGAAGUUUUUUUUUGCAGCACCUCAUUUUUUUCACCGAUUUUCUAAUAUAACUGUACAAAGCUUAUUGAUUAAUUUCAUUGUGUAAAAUAAAUGAAGAUUGCGAAAUUUAUUGCAACCAAAAGAAAAAUUGUAUGUAUUGUUGUAUGCAUUACCGACUACACCUUUUCUUGUAUUGUAACUGAAUUGAAAAAUUGGAACAAUCCAAUCAAGUAAAUAACAUAGGUUUUUGGAUUAGUUUGUGAUAGCAAUCAUAAAAUAAUUGUAUGACAGAUAAAUGUAGUAAAUGAGAAAAUAAAAAACUGCAAACUUUGUAUCAGAUAACAAAGUGUAUGUGUGCAUCGCUGUGCAAGUGUGUAUGCAAAGCGCAUUGCUCGGCAUACAUUAUAACUGGUUGUGUAUACGAAAAACAACGCGUUUCUGCAAUUUCCAAUAAUCAUCUUUUCAAUCAUUGGCAUCGCGCUAACACGCUGAUCUAAGCUCAUUCGUUUUGAAAAAAGGUCCUCGUAUCGGCAAACUUUCAAU